GCUGCACUGCGUGCCUGAAGCCCUGGUCCUUCUUCAGGCCAUUGCGGCCGCCGCCCAGUCCGCAGCUUCAGGGUCUAAAGCAAAGUGCCGUGUCAUUGGGAAAGCUGGUGGCGGGGCAUUGAAUUACAGUUCCGUGGAGCUGGAGUACAACUACGGGGGCGGGAGAUGAACAGAAGCCCCUGUUCUCUUCGCAACGCCCUCUGACUAGCGGGGUGAGGCUGUCGGAGGCGGGGUCCUAGCCUGCCCACUGGGGCCUCCUGGACUCGCCUGUUCCUCUUCAGGACGACACCUGUGAGCCGGCAGCCAUUCAUCCAAGUCGGCCUCGCUCCUGAGGGGAGCCCUCCGCCUGCGUCUUACCCUGCCCCUCCAGCUUCGCGAUGCUGCGAGUCUUCAUCCUCUUUGCGGAGAAUGUCCACACUCCGGACUCCGACAUCAGCGAUGCCUACUGCUCCGCGGUGUUUGCAGGUGUAAAGAAGAGAACCAAAGUCAUCAAGAACAGCGUGAACCCCGUGUGGAAUGAGGGCUUUGAGUGGGACCUCAAAGGUAUUCCUCUGGAUCAGAGCUCAGAACUUCUCGUGGUGGUCAAGGACCAUGAGACGAUGGGGAGAAACAGGUUCCUGGGAGAAGCCAAGAUCCCACUCCAGGAGGUCCUUGCCACCCCUAGCCUGUCCGCCAGCUUCAAUGCACCUCUGCUGGACUCCAAGCAGCAACCCACGGGGGCCUCUCUGGUCCUGCAGGUGUCCUACACGCCACCCCCAGGAGCUGUGCCCUUGCUCCCACCGCCUGCUUCUCUAGCUCCCUCCCCGACGCUGCCUGACAUGGAUCUGGUGGCUGGUGGGGGACAGAGCCGGGCUGAGACUUGGUCCCUGCUCAGUGACAGCACCAUGGACACAAGAUACUCUGGGAAGAAGUGGCCGGUCCCCACGGACACAGGAGGGGAGGAAGACACGGAGGACCAGGGCAUGACCGGAGAUGAAGCGGAGCUGUUCCUGGAUCAGAGUGCACCUGUGGGCCCAGGGGGACCAACUCCACCCAAGAAGCCACCUUCCCACCCUCCUCCCCACUAUCCAGGGGUGAAAAGAAAAAGAAGCUCUGCCCCGCCUAGAAAGCUGCUGUCAGACAAGCCCCAGGACUUCCAGAUCAGAGUCCAGGUGAUAGAGGGGCGUCAGCUGCCUGGGGUGAACAUCAAGCCGGUGGUCAAGGUCACAGCUGCUGGGCAGACCAAGCGGACGCGAAUCCAGAAGGGGAACAGCCCACUCUUCAAUGAGACUCUUUUCUUCAACGUAUUUGACUCACCCUCGGAGCUGUUUGAUGAACCCAUCUUCAUCACGGUGGUGGACUCACGCUCACUUAGGACAGAUGCCCUCCUUGGCGAGUUCCGGAUGGACGUGGGCACCGUGUACAGAGAGCCCCGACACGCUUAUCUCCGGAAGUGGCUGCUGCUCUCCGACCCUGAUGACUUCUCAGCAGGGGCCAGAGGCUACCUCAAAGCGAGCUUGUGUGUGCUAGGGCCUGGAGACGAAGCGCCCCUGGACAAGAAAGAUCCUUCUGAAGACAAAGAGGACAUUGAAGGCAACCUGCUUAGGCCCACCGGUGUGGCCCUUCGUGGAGCCCACUUCUGCCUGAAACUCUUCCGGGCUGAGGACUUACCACAGAUGGACGAUGCUGUGAUGGACAACGUCAAGCAGAUCUUUGGCUUUGACAGCAACAAGAAGAACUUGGUGGACCCCUUUGUAGAAGUCAGUUUUGCUGGGAAAAUGCUCUGCAGCAAGAUCCUGGAGAAGACAGCUAACCCUCAGUGGAACCAGAACAUCACAUUGCCUGCGAUGUUCCCCUCUAUGUGUGAAAAAAUGAGGAUUCGUGUCAUGGACUGGGACCGCCUCACUCACAAUGACAUUGUGGCCACCACCUACUUGGGUAUGUCAAAGAUCUCUGCCACUGGAGGAGAGAUAGAAGAGGAGCCUGCAGGUGUACUCAAGCGUCCACAAGCCGCUGACCUGGAUGACAACCUGGGCUUCCUCCCCACUUUUGGGCCCUGUUAUGUGAACCUUUAUGGCAGUCCCCGAGAGUUCACGGGCUUCCCCGAUCCUUAUGCAGAGCUCAACACAGGAAAGGGAGAAGGUGUGGCCUACCGAGGCAGGGUUCUGUUGUCCCUGGAGACCAAACUGGUGGAGCACAGUGAGCAGAAGGUGGAAGACCUUCCUGCUGAUGACAUCCUGCGCGUGGAGAAGUACCUGAGGAGGCGCAAGUAUUCCCUCUUCGCUGCCUUCUACUCAGCCACGAUGCUGCAGGAUGUGGAUGAUGCCAUCCAGUUCGAGGUCAGCAUGGGGAACUACGGAAACAAGUUCGACACCACCUGCCAGCCGUUGGCCUCGACCACCCAGUACAGCCGGGCAGUCUUUGAUGGAUGCCACUACUAUUACUUGCCUUGGGGCAAUGUGAAACCUGUGGUGGUACUGUCCUCAUACUGGGAAGACAUCAGCCAUCGAAUUGAGACUCAAAACCAGCUCCUCAGGAUCGCUGACAGGCUGGAAGCUAACCUGGAGCAGGUCCACUUGGCUCUGAAGUCACAGUGCUCUUCCGAGGAUAUGGACGCCCUGGUGGCUCAGUUGACAGAUGAGCUCCUCGCAGACUGCAGUCAGCCCCUGUGUGACAUCCAUGAAAUACCUUCUGCCACCCACCUUGACCAGUACCUGUUCCGGCUACGUACGCGUCACCUGAACCAGAUCAAAGAGGCUGCUCUGGCCUUGAAGCUUGGUCACAGUGAACUCCCCGCUGCCCUGGAGCAGGCCGAGGACUGGCUUCUGCAUCUCCGGGUCCUGGCUGAGGAGCCUCAGAACAGCCUGCCAGAUAUCAUCAUCUGGAUGCUGCAAGGUGACAAGCGUGUGGCCUACCAACGGGUGCCCGCCCAUGAAGUCCUCUUCUCCCGGCGGGGCCCCAGCUACUGCGGCAGGAGCUGUGGGAUGCUUCAGACCAUCUUUCUGAAAUAUCCUAUGGAAGGCGCUCCUGGUGCCCGAAUGCCCGUGCAGAUCCGGGUCAAGCUCUGGCUUGGGCUCUCUGUGGAUGAGAAGGAAUUCAAUCAGUUUGCCGAAGGGAAGCUUUCUGUCUUUGCCGAAACGUAUGAGAACCAGACGAAGCUGGCGCUGGUUGGGAACUGGGGCACAACGGGCCUCACCUACCCCAAGUUUUCUGAUGUCACAGGCAAGAUCAAACUUCCAAAGGAUAGCUUCCGCCCCUCAGCUGGCUGGGCCUGGGCAGGAGACUGGUUCGUGUGUCCAGAGAAGACCCUGCUCCAUGAUGCUGACGCUGGUCAUCUGAGCUUUGUGGAGGAGGUGUUUGAGAACCAGACCCGGCUCCCUGGAGGCCAGUGGAUUUACAUGAGUGACAACUACACAGAUGUGAAUGGGGAGAAGGUACUUCCGAAGGAUAACAUUGAAUGCCCGCUGGGCUGGAAGUGGGAAGAUGAAGAAUGGUCCACAGACCUCAAUCGGGCUGUUGAUGAGCAAGGAUGGGAGUACAGCAUCACCAUACCCCCAGACCGAAAGCCAAAACACUGGGUCCCUGUUGAGAAGAUGUAUUACACUCACAGGCGUCGACGCUGGGUCCGACUGCGCAGGAGGGACCUCAGCCAGAUGGAGGCACUGAAGAAGCACAGGCAGGCAGAGGCUGAGGGCGAGGGCUGGGAGUACGCCUCUCUCUUUGGCUGGAAAUUCCACCUGGAGCACCGCAAGACAGAUGCCUUCCGCCGCCGCCGCUGGCGCCGCCGCAUGGAGCCACUGGAGAAGACGGGACCUGCAGCUGUGUUUGCCCUUGAGGGGGCCCUGGGUGGUAUGGUGGAUGACAAGAGCGAAGAUUCCAUGUCUGUUUCUACCCUGAGCUUUGGCGUUAACAGACCCACAAUCUCCUGCAUCUUUGACUAUGGGAACCGCUACCAUCUGCGCUGCUACCUGUACCAGGCCCGAGACCUGCCAGCCAUGGACAAGGACUCCUUCUCUGAUCCCUACGCCAUCGUCUCCUUCCUGCAUCAAAGCCAGAAGACAGUGGUGGAGAGGAACACCCUGAACCCCACCUGGGAUCAAACCCUCAUCUUUUAUGAGAUAGAGAUCUUCGGUGAGCCAGCCAGUGUCGCUGAGCACCCGCCCUGCAUUGUGGUGGAACUGUAUGAUCACGACACCUAUGGUGCUGACGAGUUCAUGGGUCGCUGUAUUUGUCAGCCAAGCCUGGAACGGAUGCCCCACCUGGCCUGGUUCCCACUGACCAGGGGCAGCCAGCCUGCUGGUGAGCUCCUGGCUGCUUUCGAGCUUAUCCAGAGAGAGAAGCCGGCCAUCCAUCACAUCCCUGGCUUUGAGAUGCAUGAAACUUCAAGGAUUUUGGAUGAGACGGAGGACACAGACUUGCCUUACCCACCACCUCAACGGGAGGCCAACAUCUAUAUGGUUCCCCAGAACAUCAAGCCAUCUCUCCAGCGUACUGCCAUCGAGAUCCUGGCCUGGGGCCUGCGGAACAUGAAGAGCUAUCAGAUGGCCAGCGUCUCUUCGCCCAGCCUCGUGGUGGAGUGUGGUGGGGAGACAGUGCAGUCCUGUGUCAUCAGAAACCUUCGGAAGAACCCCAACUUUGAUGUCUGUACCCUCUUCAUGGAAGUGAUGUUGCCCAGAGAGGACCUCUACUGUCCCCCUAUUGUGGUCAAGGUCAUUGAUAAUCGCCAGUUUGGCCGCCGGCCAGUGGUGGGUCAGUGCACCAUUCGCUCCCUGGGGAACUUUCUGUGUGACCCAUACUCAGCAGAGAGUCCGUCCCCACAGGGUGGCCCAGAUGACGUGAGCUUGCUCAGCCCCGGGGAAGAUGUGCUCAUUGACAUUGACGACAAGGAGCCUCUCAUUCCUGUCCAGCUUGCAGACGGGCUGUCAAGCUUGGGCCCCACUAACCUGACGCCUUCUCCGUCCAGUCUUCAUGAGGAAGAGUUUAUUGACUGGUGGAGCAAAUUCUUUGCUUCUGUCGGGGAGAGGGAAAAGUGUGGUUCCUACCUGGAGAAGGAUUUUGACACCCUGAAGGUCUAUGACACACAGCUGGAGAAUGUGGAGGAGUUUGGAGGACUGUCUGAUUUUUGUAACACCUUCAAGCUCUACCGGGGCAGGACUCAGGAGGAAACAGAAGAUCCAUCUGUCAUCGGGGAGUUUAAGGGUCUCUUCAAAAUUUAUCCCCUCCCAGAAGAUCCAGCCAUCCCCAUGCCCCCGAGACAAUUCCAUCAACUGGCUGCUCAGGGUCCCCAGGAGUGCUUGGUCCGUAUUUACAUCGUCCGAGCAUUUGGCUUACAGCCCAAGGACCCCAAUGGCAAGUGCGACCCUUACAUCAAGAUCUCCAUAGGGAAGAAAUCAGUGAGUGACCAGGAUAACUACAUCCCUUGCACCCUGGAGCCCGUAUUUGGAAAGAUGUUUGAAGUCACCUGCACUCUACCUCUGGAGAAGGACCUGAAGAUCACACUCUAUGACUAUGACCUGCUCUCCAAGGAUGAGAAGAUUGGGGAGACAGUCAUUGACCUGGAAAACAGGCUACUGUCUAAGUUUGGGGCUCGUUGUGGGCUUCCACAGACCUACUGUGUCUCUGGACCAAAUCAGUGGAGAGAUCAGCUCCGCCCCUCCCAGCUACUCCACCUCUUCUGCCAGCAGCACAGGGUCAAGGCCCCUGUGUACCGGACAGACCGAGUGACGUUUCAGGAUAAGGAAUACACCAUUGAGGAGAUAGAGGCUGGCAGACUCCCAAACCCACACCUGGGCCCGGUGGAGGAACGAUUAGCCCUGCAUGUCCUUCAGCAGCAAGGCUUGGUCCCUGAGCACGUGGAGUCACGGCCUCUUUACAGCCCGCUGCAGCCAGAUAUCGAGCAGGGGAAGCUACAGAUGUGGAUUGACAUAUUUCCAAAGGUGCUGGGCCGGCCUGGACCUCCCUUCAACAUCACCCCACGGAAAGCUAGAAGGUUUUUUCUGCGUUGUAUUAUUUGGAACACAAAAGAUGUGAUCUUGGAUGACCUCAGCCUCACCGGGGAGAAGAUGAGUGACAUCUAUGUGAAAGGCUGGAUGGUGGGAUUUGAAGAACACAAACAGAAGACAGAUGUACACUACCGCUCCCUGGGUGGGGAGGGAAACUUCAACUGGAGGUUUGUGUUUCCCUUCGACUAUCUGCCCGCCGAGCAAGUCUGUGCUGUUGCUAAGAAGGAUGCCUUCUGGAGACUCGACAAGACAGAGAGCAAGAUCCCAGCACGUGUGGUCUUCCAGAUUUGGGACAAUGACAAGUUCUCCUUUGAUGACUUUCUGGGCUCCCUGCAGCUGGAUCUCAACCGGAUGCCCAAGCCAGCCAAGACGGCUGAGAAGUGCUCCUUAGACCAGCUGGAUGACACCUUCCACCCGGAGUGGUUUGUGUCCCUUUUUGAGCAGAAGACAGUGAAAGGAUGGUGGCCUUGUGUCACAGAGGAGGGCGAGAAGAAGAUCCUGGCGGGCAAGCUGGAAAUGACCUUGGAGAUCGUUGCAGAAAGUGAACAUGAAGAGCGGCCUGCUGGCCAGGGUCGGGAUGAGCCCAACAUGAAUCCAAAGCUAGAAGAUCCAAGGCGCCCUGACACCUCUUUCCUGUGGUUCACCUCCCCGUACAAGACCAUGAAGUUCAUCUUGUGGCGGCGCUUCCGGUGUGCCAUCAUCCUCUUCAUCAUCCUCUUCAUCCUCCUGCUCUUCCUGGGUGUCUUUGUCUACGCCUUCCCGAACUACGCUGCCAUGAAGUUGGUGAAGCCUUUUAGAUGAAGACAUCUGCUCUGGAGAAGGGGGCGCAGGCUGCCUCCUGGCCCAGGACUAGCUGCUCCUCCAUUGCUCUGGGGCCUGAUGGCCUUGUGCAUGUCCACGGAGUUCUUGGGAUCAUGUUAUUUUCAUCUUCUCUUUCUCCCCUAACCCAGCUCUCCUCUGGAUAAACUCUUGGCUAUCUCAGUAUAAAGAAGACAGAACCAGAAAAUA